AUGUCGCUCCUAAGAUUACCAUUGGAAGUACAGUCCACCAUCCUGGAAAGCUGCACCGACGCCUCGGAUGCGCUGGCACUCGGGUCGACAUGCAAGCAAUUGACCGAGCUAUGGGCCGCACGCGGAGCUGGUGUCGUGUGGUCGCUGUGGACGCGACAAAUCCCGGCCGUAGAAGAGGCACUCAUCUCUUUUGUGCACGACCAGGAAGCCCGCAAACAGCCCCUCCCCAUGGCCAUUGACGUUGCCCAAUUCAGCAGCGCUCACAAAAGACCAGGCCUGGCCGACUUCAAUGGCCUCUGGGCCCAGAUUCUCAUGGUGAGAAUGAUGGCCAAGCAUAUUAUCAUACAUAGCGAGGCCCGUCACGGAGAGCACCGCGAAGGUCUAGAAGAACCCGAACACCAAGCUGAAUGUGAAGCACGCGUUCAAACGGCCAUCUAUCGCACUCUGACUGCGGCAGCAGCCAUCGCUGGUCUAUACAACGCCCCCAUGUAUACCGAGUAUCCCAUUUAUCCAGAUGACUCCAUGGGGUUCGACCGACCGCCCCUGACACUUGGCAGGGACGGACGCUUCCCUGCCGAGCGGCUCAGAGAUCUGCUUGAGUGUCCUGCAUUUCGGAUGCCUGUAGACAGGGAAGAGGAGGAGAAGAUGUUUGGAGCCUUUGCGGUAUGGCUCCGUGAUAAUAUUCUUGCGGAUCAGGCGGCCCGACAGCGUAUGGCGCAGCACCACCAGAACAAAACUGGGCGGGGGUUGUGCUGCGUGUGCAAUUUAGACUACAGUCACUCUGAUGGUGAACAUUCGAGUGAUGACAGCAGCUGGGAGCCAGAAUGUGCAUUGGCCGACGUUGACGGGCUGCAACAUUCGGACACACACCUCCUCAUCUGGCAUGUGAUGCAAAUGCUGCGUGUACAAGGCCGGAUCCAGCGCCUCAUUGCCUUGUCUCCUAUAGAAUCAACCCCAAACCUCGACCCGCCCGCGCACCGAACCAUUCCCGUCGUCUUUUUCAACCAGUUUCAAGUGCGCGAGGUGCAUCUCACCAAGAACCCCCCGCGCAUGGACCUGCGGCCCACCACACACAGCAUCGUCCAUCGGCGGCGGCCUUACUCUGCCUACACCGACGUAUUCGAUGAGGGGAACUGGACCUACCUGUUGUACAGUGUCGUGACCGAGUCUGACCAGCCAAACACCUAUAGAGAGACAGGGGCACCGACAACGCCGCUGGAACUGAAGCUGUUUGACUACCUGUUGUGGCGGCUGGCCGGCGCGCGGUUCCCGCUCAACUACUUCCAAUACAGCGACAGCGAGCUCUAUGCGGAUUACAUGACGUUUGUGCACACUUUUACUAUAUUUGCCAGUGACGAAGUGGAAUCCAGGGCGCCGUGGGAGACUGAAAUGACGGCGCUCAUCAAGGCCUUCUCGCUGUUCACAUUAAGCAUCCGAUCUGCGGGGACGGCAACGGCCUGUAUAUCUUGGCGACCCCAUUCGCACUUUGAAUCCGAGCCCGUCCCAUGGUUGCCAAUCCCCAAUCCCCUUAGCCGAUGGUCCGAGUCUUGUCUGGCGCGUCUUCGCGUCGUCGGCAUCCGAAGUGAACUAGCUCGUGUGGCCCCGCCAAAGCACGCCAUCGCCCUGACGGCAUGGGCGAGCAGCCGACGCUGCCAGCUCAUGGAAUGA